AUGGGUCAGAGCAUUCAGAUCGCGAUUUCGGCACAUGAUCUCAUCAAAGCAGCUGAGCUGUCAGGAUGGCCUUCCCUCGCGAGCACGUACUGGGACUCCGACGCGACGCGGACACGACGCUGGCGUGCGCAUUCACCCGAAGUGGAUUCUGGAACACCCCGAGUGCAUGCAAGAGUCAUGCCUCAAUCACCAGGGGGCCAGCUUCCACGGGCCUGGUCAGCUGUCACUUGGUGCAGCAGUGGGCUGCACAAUGGACAAGCCCAGGUGACCGCACCCCCAACCUCUCUGCAGAUGCCCAAAUUGCUAGAACCGAAUCCCACGUCUUACCAUCUCCCGCAGCCUCCAAAAGCAGUCGUGGUGCAAGGCCACGCGCAACGAAUAGCUGGAUUUGCAGGCUUGCAGAGCCCACGGCCACGGCCGCAGCAGCCAAGGUUGAUCAGCAGCCCGCCGCAAAGUCCAGCCCGAGCGACCACGUCCAUUUCUGCACUGGUUGGAUGCAGUGGCCCUGACCGGAAAGCGCGCGCUUCUGGUCCGGGCCAGGGGCAGUCCACUUCGCGUUCUGGUGCUGCACAGCCCAUGGGCUCUGCAGUUGAGAGGCGAAGCAGUGAAGCCGGCGAAGCCGAGGACGCACCCGAGUUCAGCAUCCCCAGUACAGACCUUGACGGAUUGCUCCGGUACCUUCAGGGGCUGUGCCAUCGAGGGCUUCGCAUUACGGAGGUUACAUAUUGCGUGAACUCCUGGAAUUUGUACGGGCUCAUCCCGCUCAAGCAUCACGGCUUUAUCCUCUUUACCAAGGUGAAGCACUUCAGCGGCGUGUUUCAACCUAGGACAAGAGACGUGGUCGGCUUUGGCCUUGGCGUCACCGUGGGGGCUGGAGUUUUCAUGGCAACUGGGAAGGCAGUGACUCUGGCGUUUCUGGUCGCGGCCGUUGGCUGCAGCUGCACAGGCCUUUGCUAUGCAGAGCUUGCGGCCCUGGCCCCUUCAUCCGGGAGUUCCUACACCUUUGUCUACCACGCCGCCGGUGUCUUGGCAGCUCGAGGCGAACUUCCAGCCUGCCUGGUCGGACUGACGAACAUUGUCAAUGCAGUCUUAUCCAGUGCGGCAGUGGCUCGUGGUUGGGAAGGCUACCUGCGGCUAUUCCUGUUGUCAGUGGGGCUUUCUCCACCAAACUUUAUGGAGGGGUAUGCGUGGGGGCCUCUGCAAAUAUCUGUUCUAGCACCACUUCUCAUCGUCUUGGUGGUGGCCAUCAACCUUUGUGGCACGUUGGCCAUCUCAAGCUUCAACAAUGUGGUUACGUUUCUGUCUGUUUCGCUACUGAUAGGCUAUGUUUGCGGAGGCGCAACUCAAGUUAAUCCGGACUUGUGGGCCCCAUAUGCUCCUAAUGGCGCUGAAGGAAUUGCCAAGGGUGCUGGUUCAGUCUUCUUCGCAUUCAUUGGGUUUGACGUGCUGGGAACUCUGGGUGCCGAGUCCGUCAAUGAAAGAGUUGUGCCGUGUGGCAUUGUGAUAACCCUGCUGGUCACUACCUGUCUUUACUGCGGCGUCGGGGCGGUCUUCACCGGGCUUGUCGAAAUCAGCGACAUCGAUAUGACAGCCCCUUUGGCCCGUGCGGCAGAGCAGAAUGGGCUUCCUUUCCUGGCGCUCAUCGUUUCGAUAGGAGCACUUGGCAACACCCUGACCACAGUGAUCGGCUCGAUUGUUGCAGUCCCCCGUUUCUGCUUAUCCAUGGCGCAAGACGGGCUCCUGCCAACAACUCUGGUCCGCAUCAACCGCUUUGGAGCUCCGGCACGUUCUCUCAUCGAUACUUGGCUUGCAUUAGCUCAUGCUCGCACCCGACCUACCCACACUUGGUACAACAGCACCGCCAUCAUUCCGUGGGUGCAGGUGCUGGCGGGUCCUGCAGUGGUCAUCGCUGCUCUUUUCGACUUCUCCGCCAUAGCUGACGUCGUGUCUGCAGGAACCUUCGCCUUGGUCUGUGCCUCGCUGGUCCUGCUGAGAUGCAUGGCAAGUUUUGUCGUGCUUACCUUCAUCUUGGGCGUUCUCUUCAGAGUUCCGGUGGGAGGCCCUGUGCCUCUGCUGCAGGGGGUAUUCAAGUGGCCAUGGCUGACCAAAAGCUACACGGGGCUGAAUCGGAUCUGCGAUGCCAAGGCGUGGUUGAACAACGUGCUGUUGGCCAUGUGGAUGCAGAUCGUUUUUUCAUGUGCAGCAAAGCAGUCUCCAGACUUGUCAACCACAAUUCCAGGCGAGGGUGAGCAUUGCAGCUUCUCCAAGGCUUUUGUUGGCUUUUGUGCCGCCAUAUCAGCUUGCGUGGUGGCUUUGCCCUUUCUAUGUCGUGAUGCCGGAGCUCAUGUUGGGGAUGUUCAUGAACGUUGCUUGGCCGCACGGGAUGGAGUGUUUGCUGCCGCCAGGAGCGAGAUGUCGAACCAUGACACCGGCAUGACUUGGCAGGUUCUGUUGGCCUCACAGAUGGACUGGCUCACGUUGAUCGAGGCUGCAAUUGUGCAAUCAAUUGGGGCAGCAUUCUACUUCGGUUACUCCGCACAGCGCAGUCAUCUUAACAAGCAGAGCAAGAAGGUCUGGAAGCCCGUCUUCGAUUGCACAGUUCCUCCGGAGGAGGGUUGCCGACUGGACUCAUACCUGACUCUGGAUUUCAGUUCGAGGGGCAUUCUCUGGGACACCUUCGACACGUAUCCUGAUGUGCCCGAAGGCACGUUCUUCGCCAAGACGUACAAGAUCAAUUUGGAUCCGCUGGCUCUCAGGGAGUACUGCAAGGACACAGAGCCGUUCUCGUGGCCUCACAAUGAUUGCAAGAAGUGGGCCAAAGGCAUGUUGCGGUUGAUGGGCAUCAAAGAGGAUCCAGAUGUGGAUGGUGCCAUCGACAAGCUCACGAGGGGAAACGUUCGGCUGAGAGACAUCAUCACAUGCGGUGGCAGCACUGCGCCGUCUCAUCGGCUGCAUGCAGUAGCAGGUGGUGUGCACAGGUGGGUGCAGCUGCAAAGUGCACCAACGGCCAUUCCCGCACAGAGCGGUUUUGACGUGUGCGAAAAAGCCGGGCUACGUCUGGAGCGAGGUGAUAUGCUGAGCAUCAACUAUGUGCGGGCGGUGCCAGGGCUGCUGCUCAUCGCUUGCAGCAUCCACCUCGCUGCAUCCAGCCGCGGGGAGGCAGGCGAUGCAUUUACAAAGCUGGCCGGCGGCGCAGCUACAGGACUCUCUGCGAUGCUGCUUGCGCUAAGAGGGACGCAGCGAGGCCCCGGACAAUCUGCCCGUACGGAAAUGCGACGUGAGGUCGCCUCGUCAGACGAGAGAUGCGAGAGCGACGAGAGCGAGGAUGAAGCGGACGCAGACUACGUAGCGGCCGAAGCGAUCGGCGUGUCUGAGGAGGAAACGUAUCUGGAAGACUCGGAGGAGUCUUCUUUCGACGAGGAUACGGAGGUCGAGUGGUCCGAAUCCUCGACGCGAAGGUCAGCACGCGAAGGAGGUUUGCAGUCGAGAUCGACGGGACCAAUGCCAUCCAGGCGACGCUCCGCUACUCGGGGCCAAACCGAGGACACAUUGGAUCCGGAGGAGGAAUUGGACAAGGAUGCAUUCCAGAGCUUCAUGCCCUUGGAUCUACGUUUUGAUGGCGAAGAGGCGCUGCGGCUGGCGGAAUCGGAGUGCGCUGAGAAGGAGAAACCUGCACCACCACCCGAGGAUGACAGCUGGCGAGAUUGGGGAAACCUCGCCAGCGCGCCAAGGCCUGGCGACGAAGGCUUCAAUAGCUUCGCAGCAGCACGUCUGCAGACACAUCAAGCACGGGUGCUUCAAGCAGGACCGCAAUCCUGCCCGCUGCAACCUCACCAGGCUGCUGUGGCGUUUUUUUUGUCACCAAGUUCUCCCAUCCAGAGGCUUCUGGUUGAUCACCCGACAGGCGCUGGGAAGACUCGAGAAAUGAUUUGCGUCUUGAAUGGCUUUUUCAGCGACAGCCGGCCAAAGGUUCUGAUCUUUCCGACGCAGGCGGUCUGCAGGAACUUCUAUGCUGAGCUGCUUGCUUGGCCAUCCCGGUACCGCGACUACUAUUGCAACAUUUGUCCAGGUGGAGCCAUGCUGGCGUGUGGGACGGCAAUUUGGCAGAGCAGACGACUCCAGCACUGGAAUCUGGGCCGGCUUCCAGAAGCGCGGCUCCGGGAACUCGCGCGCUCCUGCCGGGAGGUCCUCGAAAUGAGGGGAGCAUGCUUUGAUGGACGCUUGCGCCCGGGCAUCGAAGAGGCUUUCCUUGCGCAGCACCCUGGAGAGCACUUCCCAGGAGCACCUUUGAGGGCUUUGAGCUUUGCAAGCGCAGGCGGAGGCCAUGCCAGGAUGUCCUUCAAAUCCGGGAUGUUGACGUGGUUGGCAGCUCUGUGCCUUGCGACAGCAGAGCCCGUGACUCCACAGAGCUUCACGGUGUAUUCGGAGCCAAUCAAGUUGCGGUAUGGUGAAGUAUACAACAAGAAACAGGGCCCGAUGGUUCUGCCGCAAAAUAUCGUGGAGCGAUAUUUCGACCAGGGAAAGACAAUGGCAAUUACCGGUUUCGAUGUCGACAUGGUCCGAAAGGAUGCAGACGGUACGGAGUCAAAAGUCAAGCUGAGUGACCACUAUUUGCAUCAUUACAUCCUGGCGAUGGGCGAUAACAGCACGAUGAACAAGAUUGAGGAGCAGGCUGCCAAAGACAAGAUGUUUGCCCGGAUGCUACAUGGCUGCCAUGGCAUGACAGGCUCGCAUGUGCAUUCUUUCCUGACGGGCUUGUCAGAUUCCCCCGAUCUGGUCUACUUCGGCAGUGCAGCUGGCGCUGAGUAUCGACACAACCCGCAAAGAUAUCAAGCACCCUUCCGCAGAUUGAUCCGAAAGCCCCACGUUUGGGCACCAACCUUCCAUGUGAUCAAUACUAACAGGCCUUUGCGAAACACAUCUAUGCCGUACUCGCCGCUGCUAGAAUGUCCGUGCACUCCGCAGCGGAAGAUUGAUGUGAAGCAAGGGAAGAUUGACGGCAAAGAUCCUCAACCUCCUAUCAAGUGUUUCAGCAGCAGUUGUUGUCUAGGCUUCUGGAUUGUUGUGUCCCUGUGCAGCCCGGAGUUUGAAAAGACCGGAAAUCCUUCUUGCCACCUGGCCACCUAUGCUGGCGGAUGGCGCUGCUGCGAGCACGGUGUGUUUCUAAUCGACACAGACAAAGAGUGCACUGAUCCGCAGUGUUCGGAGGAACAACAGGAUGAGAUCUUCAUGAAGUACACCUUCUACUACGAGGAUGCCAACCCAGAGACGCGUAAGAUGGAGAUGGCUGCCUGCUGCGAUGUCACCAGCGAUCAGCAGGGUUUUGAAAAUAUAGAGUACGACGUUCCCGCUUGUGUGCCGGGUACCCCUCCGGAGAAAUGCUUGCACGUAGUUGAAUCAGUGCAGCCUGUGGCCUAUUUCCACCGACAUCCGAAGUCUCCCAACGACCGGCACAGAGCAGACGAAUUAGUGGACCUCGUCUUUGCAGCACCCCAUCUUCAUGUUGCCGGCUUGUCCAUCGAACUCAUCGACGACAUUACGAACAAAACCCUUUGCUCCGUUAUCGCCAGCGUGGACAACCAAGGUGGAGUAAUGUAUGGGAACGGAACUGAAGCUGGAAACGAAGACGGAUACUUAGUUGGACUCCGUCCCUGUACUUGGGGCAGUGAUGCUCCUCGCUUCCAGAGAAAUCAUCCCCUGAGGGCGCGGGCGACCUACAAUGCAUCCCGUGUUCAUACCGGUGUCAUGUCACUUUGGUUGAUGGAUGUUUCAGCCGCCCCAGAUGGUGACUUUGUAGUGUGA